AUGGCUGCACCUCAGAAAGGAGAUCUAUCAUCAUCUGAGAGGAAGAUCCUGCAAGUUAUUGCUGCUGGUGAUGUACAGGAGGCUGCCCAGCUGCUUGCUAGCAAAGAAGUACGAGUCAACUGUUUGGAUGAGUAUGGCAUGACUCCACUGAUGCAUGCAGCAUAUAAGGGCAAGGCAGAUAUGUGUCGUUUGCUGCUGCAGCAUGGGGCCGACGUGAACUGCAACCAACACGAAUGUGGAUACACUGCUCUCAUGUUUGCUAGCCUGUCAGGCAAGACAGACAUCACCUCAAUGAUGCUUGAUGCAGGAGCAGAGACAGACCUGGUGAAUUCAGUGGGUCGCACUGCUGCUCAGAUGGCAGCAUUUGUAGGCCAGCAUGACUGUGUAACAGUUAUCAACAACUUCUUCUCACGGGCAAGGCUGGAGUACUUCACCAGACCACAGGGGCUGGAAAGGGAGCCCAAGCUGCCCCCAAGGCUGGCAGGGCCCCUGCACAAGAUCAUCAUGACCACCAACCUCAACCCGGUCAAGAUAGUCAUGCUGGUGAAGGAGAACCCUUUGCUAGUGGAUGUAACAGCUCUGGAGAAGUGUUACCAGGUGAUGGACCUGCUUUGUGACCAGUGUGUGAAGCAGCAAGACUUGAACGAGGUCCUGGCCAUGAAGAUGCACUACAUCAGCUGUGUGCUGCAGAAAUGCCUGGCCUUCCUACAGAAACAAGAUGACAAGCUAGAUGCACUUGUCAAGAGUCUGUUGAGGGGGAGAGACAGUGAUGGCUUCCCACAGUACCAGGAGAAGUUCAUUCGCGACUGCAUCAGGAAGUUUCCUUACUGUGAGGUCACACUCCUUCAGCAGCUGGUGAGGAGCAUUGCAUCAGUAGAGAUUGGAAAUGACCCAACAGCAUUCUCAGUGCUGACGCAGGCCCUGACAGGUCAGAUGGCGUUUGUAGAUGCUGACUAUUGUGCUACAUGUGGGGAGAGGGGAGCAGACAAAAGGUGCUCCCUUUGUAAAACAGUAAAUUAUUGCAGCUUGACCUGCCAAAAACUCCACUGGUUCACCCAUAAAAAGAUGUGCAGAUCUCUGCAAGAGCAGAAUGUCAACUUGGAGAAGGACACUCCAAGGUUGAAAGAACUGAAAGAUGAUGAAAGCGACCUGGUGAUGGAGACAGCCAACUUCCUGCAGGAGCUGUGUCUGCGGGCGGAGGAGAAGGUGGCUGCUGCUGGAGGCUACCCUGCAGAGCUGCUUGCCUGUCCCUCCACCUCUGCUGAGGGACCAUCCUGCACACAAGACUGA